CACUGACUUAGAGGUCUGCACCCUGGAUUCUGCGCCCGGGGACGGGGCAAAAUCCCUCCGCAGACCCCGCGGAGCGCACAGGGUUGGCAGCCCCGCGGCCGGGAGGAGGUCAGGGUGGCGUAGGGGCCAGGUCCGGACAUGGCCUGCAGACUCAGCGCUGGACACACGCACUCACACAAAAGAGGCCGGAAAGUGGCGGAAGGAAACGUCCGCGUCACGCGGGCCGUAGCCAGGAGUCUGGCGCGCCCGCCCCGCCGCGUCCCAGGUACUCGGCCCGCUGGUCCCAUCGCUCCGCCCGCGCCUCCGCCACCGCCACCGCCACCACCGCGGCGCCGCCAAUGAGACUCCUCCCGCUUCUAGUGGGUUUUUCCACUUUGCUGAAUUGUUGCUGCACUCAAAACUGUACCAAGAUGCCUUGUCAUCCAAAAGCAAAAUGUGAAAGUCGGAAUGGAGGUGAAGCCUGCUAUUGCAACACUGGAUAUUCAGGAAAUGGUGUCACAAUUUGUGAAGCAGGAUAUGUGAGUGCUCCUGUAACACCAGCUCUGGUUCAGCAUUCUCAUGAUAAUGAGUGUGGAAAUUUAACGCAGUCCUGUGGUGAAAAUGCUAACUGUACGAACACACAGGGAAGUUAUUACUGUAUGUGUGCACCUGGUUUCAGAUCCAGCAGCAACCAGGACAAGUUUAUUACUAAUGAUGGAACCGUCUGCGUAGAAAUUGUGAAUCCAGACUGCCAUUUAGAUAAUGCCUGUGUUGCUGAAAAUAUUAAUAAAACUUUAACAAAAAUAAGACACAUAGAAGAACCUGUGGCUUUGCUACGAGAAGUCUAUAGAAAUUCUUUGAAAGAUCUUUCACCGAUGGAUAUAAUUGCAUAUACAGAAGUAUUAGCUGAAUCAUCCCCAUUAUUGGGUUACAUGAACAGCUCGAAUUCAGCCAAGGACACCUCUUCUAAUUCAACUCUUACUGAAUUUGUAAAAACUCUGAAUAAUUUUGUUCAAAAGGAUACAUUUACAGUUUGGGACAAGUUAUCUACAAAUCAGAGAAUAACUCAUCUCACAAAACUAAUACAUACUGCUGAGCAGGCUACCUUAAGGAUAUCUCAGAACUUUCAAAAGACCACUCAGUUUGAUACUAAUUCAAGUGAUAUAGCUCUCAAAGCUUUCUUUUUUGAUUCACAUCACAUAAAAUAUAUUCAUCCCCAUAUGAAUAUGGACGGAGAUAAUAUAAAGAUAUUUCCAAAGAGAAAAACUGCAUAUGAUUCAAAUGGCAGUGUUGCAGUUGCAUUUUUAUAUUAUAAGAGCAUUGGUCCUCUGUUUUCAUCAUCUGACAACUUAUUGGAACCUCAAAGUUAUGAUAAAGCUGAAGAAGAGGGAAGAGUCAUCUCUUCAGUAAUUUCACUCUCAAUUAGCUCAAACCCACCCACAUUAUACGAACUUGAAAAAGUAACAUUUACAUUAAGUCACAUAAAGUCCACAGAUAAAUAUAAGAGUCAGUGUGCGUUCUGGAACUACUUACCUGACACCAUGAAUGGCAGCUGGUCUUCAGAGGGCUGUGAGCUGACACACUCGAAUGAUACCCACACCUCGUGCCGCUGUAACCAUCUAACACAUUUUGCAAUUUUGAUGUCUUCUGGUUCUUCUAUUGGUAUUAAAGAUUAUAAUAUUCUUACAAGGAUCACUCAGCUAGGAAUAAUUAUUUCACUGAUUUGCCUUGCCCUAUGCAUUUUUACCUUCUGGUUCUUCAGUGAAAUUCAAAGCACGAGGACAACAAUUCACAAAAAUCUCUGCUGUAGCCUGUUCCUUGCUGAACUUGUUUUUCUUGUUGGGAUAAAUACAAAUACCAAUAAGCUCUUCUGUUCGAUCGUUGCUGGGCUGCUGCACUACUUCUUUUUAGCUGCCUUUGCAUGGAUGUGCAUUGAAGGCAUCCACCUCUAUCUCAUUGUUGUAGGAGUCAUCUAUAACAAAAGAUUUUUGCACAAGAAUUUUUAUAUUUUUGGCUAUCUCAGCCCAGCUGUGGUAGUUGGAUUUUCAGCAUCAUUAGGAUACAGAUAUUAUGGCACCACCAAAGUAUGUUGGCUUAGCACAGAAAACAACUUUAUCUGGAGUUUUAUAGGACCAGCCUGUCUAAUCAUUCUUGUUAAUCUCUUGGCAUUUGGAGUUAUCAUAUACAAAGUUUUUCGUCACACUGCGGGGUUGAAACCAGAAGUUAGUUGCUAUGAGAACAUAAGGUCUUGUGCCCGAGGAGCUCUUGCCCUCCUGUUCCUCCUUGGCACCACCUGGAUCUUCGGCGUUCUCCAUGUUGUGCACGCAUCGGUGGUGACAGCUUAUCUCUUCACUGUCAGCAAUGCUUUCCAGGGGAUGUUCAUCUUCUUAUUCUUGUGUAUCUUAUCUAGAAAGAUCCAAGAAGAAUAUUAUAGAUUAUUCAAAAAUGUCCCUUGUUGUUUCGGAUGUUUGAGGUAAACAGAACUAUGGAUGGUUAUUGUUAUGCAGAAAUAAGAAUGCCCAGCUGUGGAUGGCCAAUGUAUAAAUGUGUAGGAACUGUAAAUAAUACAAGAUAAAAUUAUGUACCAUAUAGCUAUAGUAAGCUUUUCUAUAUGACUUACUUAGCUGUGUCAAAAAUAGUAAUGCAGAUAUUUGGAAAGUAAUUAGUUUUUCAGAAUGAUAUCACUGCACCCAAGGAAAGAUUUUCUAACACAAAAAAAUGUAUGACUGUCCUGAAGGAAACCCACUGGCUUGAUAUUAUUGUGACUCAUGUUGCCUUUGAAACUAGUCCUCUAUCACCUUUGUAAUGAGCUCUGUUACAGAAAGUAGAACAUAAGAAAAUGAAGGGGUAGAAUAUGAAACAGUAAAAAGAGAGUGAAUGUUAGAACAAUGAGAUGUAUUUUGAGCAGACUUUGUAAACUAGAUGAGAGUUGAAUAAACACAUCUUACAAUUCCAUGAGUUGUUCUGAACUUAAAGUUUUACUGAAACAACUUAGACUUGUACUUGUUGCAUCAAUUUUCUAUUCCAAUAGAAAACACAAAACUUCACAAAAGAAAAAACUAAACAUUUCUGUUCUGUUUUUAUGUUAAUAUUAGAAUGAAGUACAUGCUCUUUCUAUACUUAUUUCACAGAUUGUGACUUCAAAUGCUUAUUCAGUAGUACAUAAAUGUGUCAGAAUAUAAUAUUGUUCAUGCCUGUAAAUGUAAAAAUCAUGUAUAUAAACCUGAAGUGCUCUAUUCCAUAACCUUUCAAUGCAGUGAAAAAUACUGUAUCUCAUUAGACUUAUAUAUCUGAGUUCUUUAUUUCUUUUAAUUUUAGAAAUAUUAUAGUUCACAUUGCAAUAUUCCCUUUUAACUUACUAUUUUUAAAAGGGCAAUGUAAAUAUGAAAGUAUUCAUAAAGUGAAUUGCUAUUUUUUUCUGUUCAGAAAAGUACACAUUAAAAAUGUUAUUUAUAACAAAGAGAUCACUGAGAACUGACUGUAUAAACUUCCACAGAGAAUAUAUUUUCUGACAGUUUUCCACUAGUAAAACAUAUCUCCUAAAAUGUAAGUCUUCUACCUUCCAAUCUUCAAAUUAAAAUAUAGAAGCAGGGAUUUUAUUUCAAAAUAUAUGUAAUUGUUCUGCACUUACUGUAAAAGUAUGCCAAUACACCAAAUGUUGUGAUUUUAACUUAAUUUCUACAGCUGUUAAAAUGAAGUGUGUCAAAUCUUGCUCUAACAAAUAAAAUGUUAUCUAAAUGAA